AGGACCUCUGGCUGGAGAGUAGCUUUGGUUGCCCACUGCUUCUGGUGUAUUUUGUCAGUAGAGCCUAUUGAAACACAAUCUUGUUUUCUGAAGCCUGGUUGCUCAAAGAGUCAGACUGUGUUUUGGCAUUGGUCCCUCAAUAUGGCAUCGCUGACAUCUUCAAGCCGCAGAGCUUCCUCAUCGUACCGCUCGUCAGCACGCUACAGCACUUCUAGCUCUUACUGCACAGAGGGGUCUCUGGGUGGAUCAUCUGAUUCACUGGAUACAAUUCUUGAGCCUUUUCUCGACUACGCCGAUCAUUCCAGUCUGUUUGGAGAGGAAGGCCCUGGAGGACCAAACUGUCUGGCCCCAUUCAGAAGGCACAGCAGACCCUUCUAUGGGCAUGAUGCUCCUGUGGGGGGCGCUGCAACAGUUGGACAGACCAGCACAGGUGUUGUAGUGAGGUGUCUGGGAGACAGCUACUACAUGUCAGCUGAUGUCAGCCAGUUUGAGCCACAUGACGUAGUGGUGCUGGCCUACAACCAACACGUGGUCAUCCACGCCCAGAAGGUUUUGGAUGAUGGCAGCAUCAGUGACACGUUCACCCAUAAGUCCCUGUUCCCUGAGGAUAUGGACCCCCUGUCAGUCAGUGGGACCCUUAACCCUGACGGUACCCUGGUGGUGAGUGUUCGCCAGAAAUCAGCACUCACUGGGAACGAGCACCUGGGUAUCCCAGUCUACAACACUGGGGCUGACCUCUGACCUGUGCGCACAUAGUGUGUCUCGUGGUUUCUCCCAUAGUUUUAAAUGAUCUUUUAUAACUUUAUAGUGUUGUUUAUAGCUUAUGCAAAUUGUGUGGCCAUGUGCACUGAAUAUUUAUAUAAAUGAGUAACUAAUUAAUCAUUAUUUAUAGCAUAAGCACAACGUGGCACCACCACUUCCUCUUUUCGCUUGCAAUCACAUCAUUUGCUUCCAGUAAAUCUCUCGCUGUCUCAACCCCUCUACCAGGAUGAUCAGGCUAAACACUCCACAAUGCAUUAACAAUCCCACAAAUGUAUCAGGCAGAUUAUUAAGUUCAUGUUAACAUCAUGUUUUAAUUACAUUACUUUCCAAACAAAAGUCUCCAAACCCUUCAGGAACGUUCAGGUGCUGCAGGAACUAAAAGCCCAGGGAAGCCCAUUGUUAUCAGGCGUGUGGUAAUUAGUCAAAUAAAGCAACUCUUGUUUUCCCAGUGUUGUUUUUAAUCACAAAAACCAGAAAAAAAAACAAAGCAAAA